AUGGAAUCAAUGAAGCCACACAUCCCCCCAUUAAAGAUAUCGAAAUCCAACUCGAACUUGCAUCGCUCGAUCAACGAUUCUCAACAUAUACAGAGUCGAUUCUAUUCCGCCUGGGAUUCAUCUGAGAUGUCACCUCCGUUAACACCACAGACUCAGGACACACGUAUGGAUCAACUAGAGGCUCCAAGGCCUGUCUUUCACAACUAUCUGCGCGCGUUCUAUCCUUUUCACCCGGCUGGAAAUGUCUCCCCGUCAACCGUUACUCUUCCUCUAGACCAGGGCGACAUCAUUUUGGUUCACUCCGUUCACACCAAUGGCUGGGCCGAUGGUACAUUAUUAGAUUCUGGGAAUCGAGGCUGGCUCCCCACGAAUUACUGCGAAGCAUACGAUCAAUUGCCUAUGCGCCCUUUAUUGAAGGCCUUGACUGAUUUCUGGGAUAUCAUUCGAGGAGGAUGCGGGUCAUCAUUAAAGGAUUUUGGCAACCAAGACUUGAUGAGAGGCCCUAUUGCUGGUGUUCGCUUUCUGCUGGAAAAAUCGGAAUGUCUUACUCGGGAGUCGUCUUUAGUAAGGAGGUUCGAUGGACUACGAAGAAUUCGCAAGGCUUUGCUGUCUGAUCUUUCUUCGCUGGUGAAAACUGCGAAGAAAUUUCAGGAGGUCGCCAACGGAACACCGUCGGAGGACGAGGUUGAGAGUAUUUUGGAUGAGAUGCUCCUCAAGGCUUUCAAGAUCGUCACUCGUGGAGUUCGAUUCCUUGAUGUAUGGAACGAAGAGGUUGGCCUGAGCAGGACUAUCGCUGAGAUGGACGGACCUGGCGAGAGCCAAUACGACAUGCCGCCGACACCUGCGUCCGAAAGUUUCAACUUGAGUGAGACCGACCCUGAACGGAGCGACUCACGGAUCCUAGAAUCACGCCAGAUGGAGUCACGACAAAUGAGCCGCAGCCGCAUGGACAUGAUGAGCAGAUCAUCGAUGCGCACCGAGACACUCGAAAACCAACCCAGACCGGUCUCCGUUUCCACAAAACGAGUUUCAGUAUCACACCGCAUGUCAUUCUCCGGUCCCUCGUCUGCCAUCUGUGCUCAAAAUUUGGCGUCCGAGCGACUUGGAAUUACCUACGACGCGUUCCUCGGCGUGCUCGGCUCAUUCAUUGGGCUUCACAUGCAGUCCCGCUCCUCGACUGAAUUAGUCGUCACUACUCAACAGGCUGUUCAGUCUUGCCGGGCUUUACUCAAUGUUGUCGAAGCAGUUUGCGAGCAUGACAACCAGCGUGGUGUGUUGCUUGAACAGGCACGGGAGUCCAUGUGCGAAAAGCUAUCCGAGCUUGUUCACGCUGCGCGCGACGUGUUCCGACCUGCCCAUCUUCCUGAAGAUGAUCUGGUAGUUAUGCCAGAUGAAGGGAAACGCCUCGUUAGUGCUGCGACAGAAUGUGUUCGAGCAGCUGGUAACUGUUUAGCGAAGGCUCGCCUGGUGCUCGAGCAAAUUGGAGAUAUUGAGCUUGAUCCUGAAGAGUCUGAACAGACAGAACAAGAUCUUCCUCGUAUUGCAUCACCAGAACAGUCAGAGGCUCCUGUAGAACGCGAACGUCGUCUUCCCCCACCCCCUCUUCAGAUUCCCAGCACAACUUGUUCUCCUCCCACACCCGCUCUCACCGACGCCACAACACCUUCAUCCUUCCAGUCACACAUCAGCAAUUCCCCCGGCAACCUUUCCGCCCUGUCUUCUCUUCCUAAUUCCGCCAUCCUUCCCACCCAUCUUGAGAACAUUUCUUCUUUUUCCUCUACCGACAGUGGUUAUCAUUCUCAUAAAGCAGAGAUGAGUGAGUCGUUUGGACGCGGUGUCACCAGCAAUGGCAGCAGUUUCACAUACAACAGCCACACGCGCGACUCUGAGAUGAGUGGUGUCUCGCAGUCGUCUACUCGGGCUACUUCCCCCGAUAUUGGUGGAAGCUUCCGAGGAAGCUUCAAGGUUCCCUCACUGAAGGAGAGUAUCAGUCACUCUACUCUCGCCGAGGAGAAUGAAGAGACUGAGGCAAACAUUCUGGAGAAGACUUACGCCCAUGAACUUAUUUACAAGGAAGGCUCCGUGAUGGGUGGAAGCCUCCGUGCUCUCAUUGAGAAGUUGACUGCACACCAGUCCACUCCCGAUGCCAUGUUUGUGUCAACCUUCUAUCUCACCUUCCGGUUGUUUGCCUCGCCUCUCGAAUUUGCCUCGGCCCUCGCUGCGCGCUUCGAGUAUAUCGGCGAUACCCCCCAUGCUGCUGGUCCCGUCCGUCUUCGUGUGUACAACAUCUUCAAGGGCUGGCUCGAGUCCCACUGGCGACAUGACCGCGAUAACACUGCUUUGGAGUUCAUCGUGAACUUCGCAAAGACCAGACUUGGAGUUGAUCUUCCCACUGCUGGCAAGCGUUUGCUUGAUUUGGCAGAGAAGGUGUCUGCAGUUGGUGGUCCAGUCGUGCCUCGCUUGGUCUCGUCUAUGGGCAAGACCAACACUUCUAUUGCCCAAUAUGUUCACCCCGACACCCCUCUUCCUCCUCCUAUCCUCGGUAAGAAGGAGCACAAUCUGCUCAAGCAAUGGAAGAACAAUGAAGCGUCGAUCACUAUUCUUGACUUCGAUCCCUUGGAACUCGCCCGUCAACUGACCAUCAAGGAGUCGCGCAUCUUCUGCUCCAUCCUUCCAGAGGAGCUCCUGGACGCAGAAUGGACCAAAGGGUCUGGUUCCUUGGCUGUCAAUGUGCGCGCGAUGUCGACUCUCUCGACCGAUCUCGCUCACCUUGUUGCCGAUUCAAUCUUAUUCCUUGAGGAACCCAAGAAGCGUGCUGCCACUAUUAAGCACUGGGUUAAGAUUGCCACCAAGUGCCUGGAGCUGAACAACUACGACUCUCUUAUGGCGAUCAUCUGCUCACUGAACCUCUCCAUGAUCUCGCGUCUUAAGAAGUCUUGGGACAUCGUCUCUCAAAAGACCAAGAUCGCGCUUGAGCACCUCCGCAGCAUCGUUGAUGUCUCUCGCAAUUACGCGGUUCUCCGACAGCGCCUCCAGAACCACGUGCCCCCUUGCCUCCCCUUCGUCGGAACUUAUCUGACGGAUCUCACCUUCGUUGACCACGGCAACCAAUCUCUUCGAACACUUUGCACCGACGAGAGCGAGAUGACCGUUAUCAACUUCGACAAGCACAUGAAGACAGCCCGCAUCAUCAGCGAACUCCAACGGUUCCAGAUACCCUACCGUCUCACCGAGGUCCCUGAACUGCAAGCUUGGAUGCAAAACGAGCUUGUUCGCGUGCGCUCUAACGGUGAUGAAACCACUCAAAUAUUUUACCGCCGCUCCCUGGUCCUUGAACCAAGAGAACAGUGUCGCAGCGCAACAAACUUGGCAGCCCAAUCCGAGUCGAAUCCCCCCUCUAUCCUCGACAAUGCAAAGGACAAGUUCGACUUCCUCUCCUGGACUACUCAGUCCAAAGCCAAGUCUGUACCCACACAUGGCUAA